UGAGGGAAACGGGCUAGAAUUCUUGGAGCCAGCCCAGGGUCAGAGGUGGAGGGCAAAUCUGUCAUUUGUCCUUUCCUGGUGUGCCUGGAACCCACUAGAAACUCAUUUCAUGUUUACAUGAAUGAACGAAUCACAGUAACGCCCUACUACAUGUGUAAGACCAAAGGGUGAUCUUCCUGGGCUGGAAAGUUAAGAAGAGAGCUGCCCUAGGGCUUAAGGGGCCUCAGGCUGGCACUCAAAAGCAGGCAUUCUCAUUUCCCUUUGGCAUCACCCUGAACCACUGGGCCUGGAGCUGGCGCGGGGCUGGAGAGGGGAGGAAAUUACAUGUGAGGAAAGUCAGAGGAGAGGGUCGGGAACAGAUGUGGGCAUAAAGGGAAGGCAUCUGACAUGAAAGAAACAAACAGGACUCCCGCAGCUGGAAGGACAAAUCCUUCCAUGUUGUCGAGGGUGUGGGAUUGGGGCGAUUUUGCUCUCCCUUUGUUCUUCCCCCCUGCCUUCCACGUUUCCAGGGCAUUUGAUUGAUGUCUGUCUUCUCUGUUAAGUUAUUCCACCAUAAGGACACAGCCGGUGGCAGUACCUGGCACGCAGUGGGCGCCGGGUAUAGACCUGCUGAGCAAACGAACGGAUUCAGGGGCUGCUUCCACCCCCUCACCCCCCCUCCCCGCCUGCUAUGUUUCCACAACGCCUGGCACGUAGUAGGCACCCGGUAAACAUCUGUAGAGCAAAUGAUGUACAAGUUUUCGGCGCUGAGCACGUGGAGCUUUGGAAACCAGGACAGCAAAUGAGUGUCUCAGACCACAAAAGCGAUUCCGGCGCGUGCGAAAGGCGGCGGUGAGGCGACGGCGAAGGGAACGACGCGGAGCGGGGCGCCCCGUGGGGAGCGCUGCCUGCGUGGCGCCCGGGGCGGGGGCGCGGGGGGGGGGGGCGCAGCACGUGCUCGUCUGGGAGCCGGCCGGGCCAGGGCGGGCACGCGUGUGCGCGUGGGGCGUGGGGUGUGUGCUGCGCCGUGCCCCCCGUGUGUGCUGCCGGGCGGGCACCGGCGUGAGUCACAGCGGCGCUUGCCUUUAUAACGGCCUGGAGGCUCGCGGGAGCCGCCAAGCCUGCCAGUCCGCCGCUCUGCGCUCCACCCAGCGCGCCCCGGCCCGCGCGCCCCUAACCGCCUCCGGUGGCCGUCCAGUCCCGAGGGCACCAUGAGGAGCCCACACUGCACCCCACUCCUGUUCCUGCUGCUGCUGCCUCCGCUGCUGCUCACCCCCCGUGCUGGGGACGCCGCCGUGAUCACCGGGGCUUGUGACAAGGACUCCCAGUGUGGUGGAGGCAUGUGCUGUGCUGUCAGUAUCUGGGUUAAGAGCAUAAGGAUUUGCACACCUAUGGGCAAACUGGGAGACAGCUGCCAUCCACUGACUCGUAAAAACAAUUUUGAGAAUGGAAGGCAGGAAAGAAGAAAGAGGAAGAGAAGGAAAAGGAAAAAGGAGGUUCCAUUUUUGGGGCGGAGGAUGCAUCACACUUGCCCAUGUCUGCCAGGCUUGGCCUGUUUACGGACUUCCUUUAACCGAUUUAUUUGUUUAGCCCGAAAGUAAUCACUCUAGAGUAGAAACCAAAUGUGAAUAGUCACAUCUUAUCUGUAAAGUCUUAUUUGUGAUCGUGCCAAACAAAGAAUAUGCCAGAAAGAAAUGCUCUUGCUUCCUCAACUUUCCAAGUAACAUUUUUAUCUUUGAUUUUUAAAUGAUUUCUUUUAAUCCAAAGGGAAUUUUAAUUUUGGAUGGAAAUAUAAAGUGUAAGGCAUUAUGGAACUGGUUCUCAUUUCCCUGUUUGUGUUUUGGUUGGCUUUGACUUUUUUUUUUAAUGUCAAAAAUGUACUUAUUUUCACAAAAAUUAGGAAAAUAAGAAUUUGACAUUUUGUUAAAGAAACUUUGUUUUCUUGCCACUCCAAGCCCCAUUUGUGCCCCACCACACAUACACACAUACAACUUUUGGUCUCUUGCCUCUUCCACCUCAAAGAAUUUCAAGGUCCUUACUUUAUUUUUCUCCAUUUCUCUCCUCUCCUCUUGCAUUUUAAAGUGGAGGGUUUAUCUCCUUGAGUUUGAUGGCAGAAACACUGAUGGGAAUCCAGCUUUUUGCCUGCUAUUUAAAUAGUGAAAAAAAUGUAUAUUUGAACUUGACACUCCAAACUCCUUUCGUGCAGCAGACGCUGGGAGUGCUGCUGGAACCUUCCUAAACCUGUCACUCCAAGAGGACUUCACCUCGGUUCCUGGGCUAGUGUGUGGACAGAGGGAAUAGAAAGCCAAAUUAAUUUUGUCCAGAUUUCUAGAUUUGGAUUUUUCUAAAAAUAAAAGAUUACAUUAACUUCUUUUUCUUUUUAUAAAGUUUUUUUUUUUUUAAGUCUCCUACUUAGAGAUAUUCUAGAAAAUGUCACUGGAAGAGGAAGUAUUUAUUUUAAUCUGGCAUAACACUAAUUACCAUUUUUAAAUUGGUAUUAAGUUGUAACUUAAACCUUGUUUGUAACUGAAAGGUCGAUUGUAAUGGAUUGCCGUUUGUACCUGUAUCAAUAUUGCUGUGUAAAAAUUCUGUAUCAGAAUAAUGACAGUACUGUAUAUCAUUUAUUUUAAUAUUAUAUCCUUAUUUUUGUCACAA